AUGCCACCGACAGCAGAAUACAAGGCGCCAUGGCCUGUCUUUGCACUGGCAUGGUCGAACCAUCCGUCGACCUCUACCGCUUCGUCAUCCUAUCAUCCGCGAAAUCCAUCCGGCUCCGCAAGAUACAUUCCUCCUUCUCCAUCGCCGCUCGGCCGUCAAGAUGAGUUCGCCGGGCCACCUCCAAAUACCACUCCAGCUCCACCAGAUAGCGCCAGGGUAGCUGUCGGAUCCUUCAUCGAGCAAUAUACAAACCGCAUCCAGAUCCUCGGCUUCCACCCACGAGACCCAUCCUCUUUAACUCUGCUGGCAGAUGCUUCUCAUCCAUAUCCUCCAACAAAGCUUGGGUUUCAGCCAUCGACACUCUUCGAUGCUUCCUCGGGCGAACGUCGCGAAGCAUCACUGGACAGGGAGAGGGGCUCAGGCGAGCGCGGGUACGCUUCGCCAACCUCGAAACUCGCUAGGCGCGGCAGCUGGGGUGCAAAGGUGCGCAACUCACUCUCAGGCCAAGGUGCGGAAUUGCCGGAUCACUAUCCAGAUAGGGAGCUGCUGGCAAGUACCGCCGACUGUCUGCGCAUUUGGGAGAUCUACCGGAACGAGUAUGCUGAUCCUUAUCAGUCUAGCUACGUUGGCGGUAACGGCGGUGGUGCACCACAAGGCGAGGCUUCACAGCUACCCUUCUCGCUCCGCGAAAAGAGCGUCUUAGCACAUUCAAAGAACACCAAGAGUCCGCCAGCCCCUCUCACGUCCUUCUCAUGGAAUACACCAUCACCAAACCUCAUCGUCACCUCCAGUAUUGACACAACAUGUACCAUUUGGGAUUUGCCAACUCGAACCGCCUUGACGCAGCUCAUUGCACACGAUCGCGAAGUUUACGAUGUGGAUUGGUGUCCAGGCUCAGCCGAUGUGUUUGCUAGUGUCGGUGCGGACGGAAGUGUACGUGUCUUUGAUCUACGCAGCCUCGAACAUUCGACUAUCAUCUACGAGACGGGCACAGCGCCAGGCGCCACCGAAUCUCGGCCAGGAACCAGCAUGUCAACAUCAUCGAGAGCGACAUCUACCCGCAGUGCGCCAGCCGCUCCUCUGUUACGCAUCGCCUUCAAUCCAUGGGAUGCCAACUAUCUCGCUACUUUUCAUCUAGAGUCGGAAUCAGUACAGAUCCUUGAUGUUCGAGCCCCUGGCUCGCCCAUUCUCGAGCUUCGAGGCCAUUCAUCGGCAGUCAAUGCCAUUGCUUGGGGUCCGCCAUCCGUCGGAGCUGGAGUACUUGGGCCAAGCAAAGGCAUGGUUUGCUCCGCUGCUGACGACGCGCAAGUCCUGGUCUAUGAUCUCGCCUCGACCACACUUCGAACUGCAUCUGCACAAGGCAGACGCAGCAGGAACAGCCACGCACCAUCACCAGCACCAGGCUCCAUCGGCUACUCGCACUCUUCAUCAUCCUUCGGAGGUACCGCUAGUCCUGCACCCACUGCCAGUAUCGCAGGUAGCAUUGGUAUCGGUGCAGAGAUCCCCUUCCUGGCAUAUACCACACCAAAUCAGGACAUGGUCAACAAUGUCUCCUGGCUACGAGCAGGAGGCGGUGGCCUCCCGCCAGGUGUCGGAGGAUACAGUGGGGGAGGAGGAUCCAGUAGCAACAAGAGCGUUGUACAGGAGUGGAACGAGUUCACCGCAGGCAGUACAGGCGGAGGCAGCUCUUCCUCCGGCUUCGCUCCUCACGACUCGGACUGGAUCGCUAUGGCAGCGGGCAACUCAGUGCGCGCUCUCAAAGUUUAA